AGGAAUGAACACAUAAUAUAUCUUCCCUAACCUAGGCGUAACAAGUUGCCGCUGGAAUUUGGAACAAUGUUUCGCUAUUUGUGCUCUUCAAUUUCUCAUAGCCGUCGAUCUCUUCUUUCUUCAUCCAAAUCCACACUUCCAUCUCAUGUCCAAGGUUAUGUUAGAGGAUUUUCAAGUGCCAAUUGGAGUUUGAACGGAAGGAAUCAAAGUGCGAACGUGAAUGCAAAUGCAAGUGGUCGUCCGAAUUUUCUGGAAGAGAUUGGUGGGAAGUCAAGGCAGAUGGACUUUGUGAGAGGAGCUAGAGAUGAAGAUGAAAAGAGUAUUAUGGGAGGUUAUAUAAACAAUCAGUAUCAUUAUCAGCAUGAUGCUGAUUUUGUUCAUAUAAAGAUGCUGCGCAACAAUACCUUUGUUACAGUCACCGAUUCUAAAGGAAAUGUUAAACUUAGUGGCUCUGCUGGUUCCUUGAAAGACUUGAAAUCAGGGCAAAAACUUUCUAAGUUUGCUGCUGAAGCAACUGCUGAAAUGGUUGGACGAAGAGCUAGGGGUUUAGGUUUGAAAUCUGUUGUCAUGAAAGUCAACGGAUUUACUCAUUUUCGGAGGAAAAGGAAUGCAAUAUUGAGCUGGAGGGAAGGGUUUAUGGAUUCUAAAGGUGAUAGAAAUCCAAUUGUAUACGUUGAAGAUACAACUCGCCGUGCUCAUAACGGCUGCAGACUGCCAAAGAGCCGACGCAUCUAGUUAUUUUUAUUGAGAUAGUUGAACAAGCUUUAUUUUACUUUGAUGAAGACUUAGUUUAGAUGCAGAUUUGGCAUAUGCUAUUUUUUUUCCCUUCGGUCGAUCAUAUUUUCAUUACAACUUUGUUUCAUAUUUGUGUGUUUACAUUUUGUACAAUAACCAGAAUUUUGGGCAGAAACAUCUACUGAAAGGUUAUGUAGUUUCAAUUUGAAUGUUUGGGAACUAUAAUAAUCAAUUAUUGCCUAUGGAAGGGUGUAGUAAACUCUUUCUCAAAUGAUCAACUUUGGAUUUCUUCCAUCAAAUUGAAAUCUGAA